UUUCUAUAUAUAAGUUGUGAAUUUUGGGUUGGUUGGUUUAAGAUUUUGGGAGUUUUUGGUUGUUUUUCAACUUGUUAGUCAUUUAUUUGUUGGGUUUUUGAUGGGUCAGUUCAGUUUCUAUAUAUAAGUUGUGAAUUUUGGGUUGGUUGGUUUAAGAUUUUGGGAGUUUUUGGUUGUUUUUCAACUUGUUAGUCAUUUAUUUGUUGGGUUUUUGAUGGGUCAGUUCAGUUUCUAUAUAUAAGUUGUGAAUUUUGGGUUGGUUGGUUUAAGAUUUUGGGAGUUUUUGGUUGUUUUUCAACUUGUUAGUCAUUUAUUUGUUGGGUUUUUGAUGGGUCAGUUCAGUUUCUAUAUAUAAGUUGUGAAUUUUGGGUUGGUUGGUUUAAGAUUUUGGGAGUUUUUGGUUGUUUUUCAACUUGUUAGUCAUUUAUUUGUUGGGUUUUUGAUGGGUCAGUUCAGUUUCUAUAUAUAAGUUGUGAAUUUUGGGUUGGUUGGUUUAAGAUUUUGGGAGUUUUUGGUUGUUUUUCAACUUGUUAGUCAUUUAUUUGUUGGGUUUUUGAUGGGUCAGUUCAGUUUCUAUAUAUAAGUUGUGAAUUUUGGGUUGGUUGGUUUAAGAUUUUGGGAGUUUUUGGUUGUUUUUCAACUUGUUAGUCAUUUAUUUGUUGGGUUUUUGAUGGGUCAGUUCAGUUUCUAUAUAUAAGUUGUGAAUUUUGGGUUGGUUGGUUUAAGAUUUUGGGAGUUUUUGGUUGUUUUUCAACUUGUUAGUCAUUUAUUUGUUGGGUUUUUGAUGGGUCAGUUCAGUUUCUAUAUAUAAGUUGUGAAUUUUGGGUUGGUUGGUUUAAGAUUUUGGGAGUUUUUGGUUGUUUUUCAACUUGUUAGUCAUUUAUUUGUUGGGUUUUUGAUGGGUCAGUUCAGUUUCUAUAUAUAAGUUGUGAAUUUUGGGUUGGUUGGUUUAAGAUUUUGGGAGUUUUUGGUUGUUUUUCAACUUGUUAGUCAUUUAUUUGUUGGGUUUUUGAUGGGUCAGUUCAGUUUCUAUAUAUAAGUUGUGAAUUUUGGGUUGGUUGGUUUAAGAUUUUGGGAGUUUUUGGUUGUUUUUCAACUUGUUAGUCAUUUAUUUGUUGGGUUUUUGAUGGGUCAGUUCAGUUUCUAUAUAUAAGUUGUGAAUUUUGGGUUGGUUGGUUUAAGAUUUUGGGAGUUUUUGGUUGUUUUUCAACUUGUUAGUCAUUUAUUUGUUGGGUUUUUGAUGGGUCAGUUCAGUUUCUAUAUAUAAGUUGUGAAUUUUGGGUUGGUUGGUUUAAGAUUUUGGGAGUUUUUGGUUGUUUUUCAACUUGUUAGUCAUUUAUUUGUUGGGUUUUUGAUGGGUCAGUUCAGUUUCUAUAUAUAAGUUGUGAAUUUUGGGUUGGUUGGUUUAAGAUUUUGGGAGUUUUUGGUUGUUUUUCAACUUGUUAGUCAUUUAUUUGUUGGGUUUUUGAUGGGUCAGUUCAGUUUCUAUAUAUAAGUUGUGAAUUUUGGGUUGGUUGGUUUAAGAUUUUGGGAGUUUUUGGUUGUUUUUCAACUUGUUAGUCAUUUAUUUGUUGGGUUUUUGAUGGGUCAGUUCAGUUUCUAUAUAUAAGUUGUGAAUUUUGGGUUGGUUGGUUUAAGAUUUUGGGAGUUUUUGGUUGUUUUUCAACUUGUUAGUCAUUUAUUUGUUGGGUUUUUGAUGGGUCAGUUCAGUUUCUAUAUAUAAGUUGUGAAUUUUGGGUUGGUUGGUUUAAGAUUUUGGGAGUUUUUGGUUGUUUUUCAACUUGUUAGUCAUUUAUUUGUUGGGUUUUUGAUGGGUCAGUUCAGUUUCUAUAUAUAAGUUGUGAAUUUUGGGUUGGUUGGUUUAAGAUUUUGGGAGUUUUUGGUUGUUUUUCAACUUGUUAGUCAUUUAUUUGUUGGGUUUUUGAUGGGUCAGUUCAGUUUCUAUAUAUAAGUUGUGAAUUUUGGGUUGGUUGGUUUAAGAUUUUGGGAGUUUUUGGUUGUUUUUCAACUUGUUAGUCAUUUAUUUGUUGGGUUUUUGAUGGGUCAGUUCAGUUUCUAUAUAUAAGUUGUGAAUUUUGGGUUGGUUGGUUUAAGAUUUUGGGAGUUUUUGGUUGUUUUUCAACUUGUUAGUCAUUUAUUUGUUGGGUUUUUGAUGGGUCAGUUCAGUUUCUAUAUAUAAGUUGUGAAUUUUGGGUUGGUUGGUUUAAGAUUUUGGGAGUUUUUGGUUGUUUUUCAACUUGUUAGUCAUUUAUUUGUUGGGUUUUUGAUGGGUCAGUUCAGUUUCUAUAUAUAAGUUGUGAAUUUUGGGUUGGUUGGUUUAAGAUUUUGGGAGUUUUUGGUUGUUUUUCAACUUGUUAGUCAUUUAUUUGUUGGGUUUUUGAUGGGUCAGUUCAGUUUCUAUAUAUAAGUUGUGAAUUUUGGGUUGGUUGGUUUAAGAUUUUGGGAGUUUUUGGUUGUUUUUCAACUUGUUAGUCAUUUAUUUGUUGGGUUUUUGAUGGGUCAGUUCAGUUUCUAUAUAUAAGUUGUGAAUUUUGGGUUGGUUGGUUUAAGAUUUUGGGAGUUUUUGGUUGUUUUUCAACUUGUUAGUCAUUUAUUUGUUGGGUUUUUGAUGGGUCAGUUCAGUUUCUAUAUAUAAGUUGUGAAUUUUGGGUUGGUUGGUUUAAGAUUUUGGGAGUUUUUGGUUGUUUUUCAACUUGUUAGUCAUUUAUUUGUUGGGUUUUUGAUGGGUCAGUUCAGUUUCUAUAUAUAAGUUGUGAAUUUUGGGUUGGUUGGUUUAAGAUUUUGGGAGUUUUUGGUUGUUUUUCAACUUGUUAGUCAUUUAUUUGUUGGGUUUUUGAUGGGUCAGUUCAGUUUCUAUAUAUAAGUUGUGAAUUUUGGGUUGGUUGGUUUAAGAUUUUGGGAGUUUUUGGUUGUUUUUCAACUUGUUAGUCAUUUAUUUGUUGGGUUUUUGAUGGGUCAGUUCAGUUUCUAUAUAUAAGUUGUGAAUUUUGGGUUGGUUGGUUUAAGAUUUUGGGAGUUUUUGGUUGUUUUUCAACUUGUUAGUCAUUUAUUUGUUGGGUUUUUGAUGGGUCAGUUCAGUUUCUAUAUAUAAGUUGUGAAUUUUGGGUUGGUUGGUUUAAGAUUUUGGGAGUUUUUGGUUGUUUUUCAACUUGUUAGUCAUUUAUUUGUUGGGUUUUUGAUGGGUCAGUUCAGUUUCUAUAUAUAAGUUGUGAAUUUUGGGUUGGUUGGUUUAAGAUUUUGGGAGUUUUUGGUUGUUUUUCAACUUGUUAGUCAUUUAUUUGUUGGGUUUUUGAUGGGUCAGUUCAGUUUCUAUAAGUAAGUUGUGAAAGUUUGGGUUACUUGGUUUUAGAUUUGGGGAAUUUUUGGUUUUUUAUAACUUGUUAGUCAUUCAGUUUUUUUGGGUUUUUGAUGGUAUUGAAACGGCAUUUUAGUGAUCAGGAGGAGGAUGUUGGGUCAGAAGUUCCGAGGGAGUCCAAACGACCACUUACUUUUGCGAGUGCUGUUAGAGAUGUGAUGAAAGCACUUUCGACGCAUGAAUUUUUGACAAAGUUGGAACCUUUUGUGCGGAGUGUGGUGCGGGAUGAAGUGGAGCGUGCAAUUGAACUCUAUCAUCAGUCCUCUCCAAGAUCAUCACUCGAUCUAUUUGAAUCAUCUCAAGAAAGGCCUGAAAGGGCUUGGCAAUUGCAUUUUGACGAUAAGUUGCCCUCUACCAUCUUCACAAGCAGCAGAAUAGAAUCUCAGGAUCGUAAACCAGUUAAAAUAGUCAUACUUGAUGCAAUUUCCAAGAAGAUUAUAACAUCUGGCCCCUUCUCUUCAAUUAAGAUUGAAAUUGUCGUGCUUGAUGGUGAUUUUGGAGCUGACGAUCAAGAGGAUUGGACUGAGAAGGAGUUUAAUGCAAAUGUUGUGCGUGAAAGAGAAGGCAAAAGGCCACUGGUGACUGGGGAAUUGGUAAUUUCAUUGAGAGGUGGAGUUGGUUAUAUUGGUGAUGUCAACUUUACAGAUAAUUCAAGCUGGAUAAGAAGUCGAAGGUUUAGAUUAGGAGCAAGACCUGUUCAAAGCAUUUCCACUGAAGUAAGAAUUCGAGAAGCAAGAAGUGAAGCCUUUGUAGUAAAAGAUCAUCGUGGAGAGUCAUAUAAAAAGCAUCAUCCUCCAUACUUGGGCGAUGAAAUAUGGCGUUUGGAGAGGAUAGCAAAAGAUGGUGCGUUCCAUAGAAGGUUAGCUCUAAAGGGAAUAACUACAGUCAAGGAAUUUCUGCGGUUGUAUCAUGUUGACCAAUCUUCACUACGUAAUUCACUUGGUGGUGGGAUCUCAAACAAGACGUGGGAGACAAUCAUAGUACAUGCUAUGGCUUGUGUUCUGGAUGAUAAGCUCUACAUAUACUAUAGGGAUGCAGAAGGGGUUGGGCUUGUGUUCAACUCCAUCUUCAAGGUUGUAGCAGUGACCUUUGAUGGCCAAACUUACCAGCCUCUGGAUAAGCUUGAUGCAUUUCAGAUGGGGUUGGUGGAAAAUUUGAAGACAUUUGCUUAUAAAAAUUUGAAUGACUUGGUUCCAUUUGUUGAUACAUCAACAUUUGGACCUGCAAUGUUACCAUCAGGCCUUCUAGCUGACCCGUACAGCAGUCCAAGUUCAAGUCUGCAGGAUGUCAACUUCUCAGGGGUGCAACAAGAUCUGCUUGAGAUGCCGCUGGCUUGCAAUCAUAUGGCAACUUCACCACCAUAUAUUUACAAUGUAGAAGAUGGUAAUCAACAAGAAGUUUCUGUGGUACAACAAUAUCAACCUCUGCAAGUUUUCACUCCAACAUUAAGGAACAGUUUGAUGGCUACAAAUUCUUACUCUGGACCCUAUGGUGGCGGAAACAGUUGGGCUCCAAGUGGAUCUUCGGGGCCAGUCUUGCAGAUUGGUCACCUAACUUCUGAUGACAAUUGUCCGUCAGAACCAACGACUUGGCAAGGGAAUGGAUUGUUCUUGGCUUCAAGUAAUGAAACAGUUGGAAAUGUUUCUUCUAAUUUUGGCAUCUGUGAUUCGAGGAAUGGAAAACCUAAAGCGAGGUGGUGUAUGAUUCGGGCUGCGAUAAAGUGGGUAAUUUCGUUUAGGCGGGUUGUGGCUGCUAAAAGAAGAAUGGCAAGGCUUCUUUACCUGAAUUUCUAGAUCAAGUUUUUGAGCAGUUGUCUCAAAUUUGUAGGAGAUAAGCUUCUCUUUGAUGGGUUAGUCUUACAAUCUUUUGAUUGGCUUGAACAUCAAAUUCAACAAAAGGUUAUUGUACAUUUGUAUUUAUUUGAAGCUAGUGAUCUCACGAUCAUAUUAUGUCAGUUAGGUUGGAUGUGGCUGCUAAGUGAAUGCAACGCACCUGUGUCUAGUUUACUGAUUUCUUGUUCCACAGUCAUUUUGCAACUUAGGAGCUAAUCUUCUCCUUUGUGUUAUUAAUUUAGUGGCUAAUAUGCCAUUGCGUCUGAAACUUUCCUUUUUUUCGUAGAAAUGCAAAUUUGUUGCCUGUACAUAUCUGCUUCCAGAGUCAUAUUGUAUAAUUAUAUUUGAAAUUUAUAAAUGCAUUCUACUUUUUUUUUUU